AUACACACGUGUUUGUCGUCUACAGCCAUGGCGGACAUGCAGAUGAGAAUUAUCCGUAAGAAACUCGACAAAAGAGCACAGAAAAAUAAACAACGCAAACUGCUACAAAAACAACAACAAGAAGACAACGAGGUAAAUGUUGAUCUGGAGGAAUCUGAUGUGAUCAGUGAAUCUACACUGACAACCACUGAAAACCAGCAGCAGAGUUUCUCCGCGGAGGAGAAUGAACCCUCACACAACAUCAAGAAGAAGAAAAAGAAAAGAAAACUGGAUGGGACAAUAGAUUCAACAUCCAGUUUAAAAAAGGUAAAAAAGCAGAAGGCAGGUGAACAUACCACCGAAGCAUCAGAAGUCAGAGAAAAUGAACAGAUUGUGGAAAUAUCAGAGGAAGGUGAAGUGCCUGAGAAGCUGCCAGAAAAUGGAAAUGAAGAAAAGGAGGAUUCCGAAGAGGAGGAUGAAGACGGACCAGAGCUUCCUUUAGGGCUGACAGGUGCAUUUGAGGACAAAUCAUUUGCAUCUUUGGCGGAGGUCGUAAGCGAGAAUACACUAAGGGGAGUGGAAGAAAUGGGCUUUGAGACCAUGACAGAGAUCCAGCACAAGACCAUACGCCCUCUGCUGGAAGGACGAGACAUUUUGGCAGCUGCUAAAACAGGAAGUGGUAAAACACUGGCUUUCCUGAUUCCUGCUAUUGAGCUCAUCUACAAACUCAAAUUCAUGCCCAGGAAUGGAACUGGAGUGAUUAUUCUGUCUCCUACACGUGAGUUGGCCAUGCAGACGUAUGGAGUGAUGAAGGAGUUGAUGGCUCAUCACGUGCACACUUACGGCCUCAUCAUGGGAGGCAGCAAUCGCUCUGCCGAAGCCCAGAAACUCGCUAAUGGGGUCAAUAUUCUGGUUGCCACACCUGGGAGACUUCUUGAUCACCUGCAGAACACACCUGGCUUCAUGUUUAAGAAUCUUCAGUGUCUGAUCAUCGAUGAGGCAGAUAGGAUUCUGGAGGUGGGCUUUGAGGAGGAGCUCAAACAGAUCAUCAAACUGCUGCCGAAAAAAAGGCUGACGAUGUUGUUUUCAGCAACACAGACACGUAAGGUGGAAGACCUUGCACGAAUCUCCCUUAAAAAGGAGCCGUUGUAUGUGGGGGUGGAUGACAACAAAGACACAGCCACUGUGGAAGGACUAGAACAGGGUUAUGUCGUAUGUCCUUCAGAGAAACGCUUUUUGCUACUCUUCACAUUUCUGAAGAAGAACCGGAAGAAGAAGAUCAUGGUGUUCUUCUCAUCCUGCAUGUCUGUAAAGUAUCAUUAUGAGCUGCUGAAUUACAUCGACCUGCCUGUCAUGGGCAUUCACGGCAAGCAGAAACAGACCAAGAGAACAACCACGUUUUUCCAGUUCUGUAACGCAGACUCUGGCAUUCUUCUCUGUACUGAUGUCGCUGCCAGAGGUCUGGACAUCCCAGAGGUGGAUUGGAUCGUUCAGUUUGACCCACCUGAUGAUCCCAAGGAGUACAUACAUCGUGUGGGGAGAACAGCACGUGGAAUUAACGGCAGAGGACACGCCCUCCUCAUCCUGAGACCAGAAGAGCUCGGCUUUUUGAGAUUCCUCAAGCAAGCAAAAGUUCCUCUGAGUGAGUUUGAGUUCUCCUGGAGUAAAAUCUCUGAUAUUCAGUCACAGCUGGAGAAGCUGAUUGAGAAGAACUAUUUCCUCCAUAAAUCAGCUCAGGAGGGAUACAAGGCCUAUGUCAGAGCCUAUGACUCACAUUCCCUCAAACAGAUCUAUAAUGUAGAAACCCUCGAGCUCCCCAAGGUGGCCUUGUCCUUUGGGUUUAUAGUGCCACCCUAUGUAGACCUCAACGUUCACAGCAGUAGAGGAGCGAAGAUGAUGAAAAGAGGAGGUGGAGGAGGUUUCGGCUACCAGAAAUCUAAGAAUGUCCACAAGGCCAAGAUCUUCAAACAUAUCAGCAAGGGGAGAGGAGAAAGCAGGCAGUUCUCACGCUGAGAUGUUUCCUGAAAUGCACCUCUUUAGAUGUGGAUUUACUCGGACUACACGACUGUAAUAUUGUUCAAAAUUCUGCUUGGUUGUGUAACAAGCCUCCGACGGUCUGCAUUCCAUGUGUUCACAGCAAUCUGUUUUCAGAGGCCAUAAUAUUGUUAUAUAAUAUUUUCUUAUUGACUUUAUCAUGUUAAGCAUUGUUCUCUUGAUAAGCAUUGUUACUGGCUAAAAUUAAAACAUGGAAACAUCUGUGAUUAUCUAAUUAUUAAACUGCAUCAUUCUUGCUUGAACUUGCAAUUAUCAGUGUGUUAAAAAAGAACCAUAAAUAGUCUUUAGUAUGUCUAUUUGUAUAAAUAUCUUCACGUUUAAAUGGUGCUUUGCAUGAUUUUAAUAAAGAAGGCACAAAAUGA